AUCUACCGUUUGCAAUUGGUGUUUGGAUGGCAAGGUCGAUCAACGUCGAGUACAGUGUAGCCAAGUCGGAGGACUAUGACUCCGUACGGGAUUUUGUCGUGAAGCAUUACUACGCGGAUGAGCCGCUCAACACUUCGUACGUUUACGGCUCGGAACCAGCCGAAGAUGACGUCGACUUUUCGCUGUCGUUCCUGUUCCAGAGCAUGGCCGUGAAGGCCACGGAUGAGGGACGCUUGGUUGGUGUUUCCAUCGGAAGUCCCGUGUAUCCGGAAUACUUAGCGGACUUGCUCAAAGCAGCUGAAGUGGCGAAAACUCGCAAAUGGCGCGAUAACCUGCUACUGCUGGCACAUCUGCAACGCUUGGCGAACGUUCUGGAGCGGUUCAGGGUGGACCGCUGCUACGACAUUGAGAUCCUUGCCGUGCAUCCGGACUACCGAGGGCACUCGAUUGGGCGGAGGCUGUUCGAGGAGCAGUUUAGGCAGGGAAGAAGCCUAGGAUAUCCGCUGGCAUCGGCUGACUGUUCGAGCUACUACUCGGCACGGAUUGCCGAACGGGUUGGAAUGGAGUGCGUUGCGAAGUUAGCCUACGCGGACUACCGGGAUGAGUCCGGUGUGCAGCUGUUUCGACCCAAGGAGCCGCAUCUGGAGGUGCAAACGUUCGCGAAGGUGCUCUAACCUAACCGGAUACCAAAAUUACCUUGUAACUAAUAAACUCGCCCAUUCUGAUUAGAAAUUCACUCACUCGUA